AUGAGUCCAAUCAUCCGGGAAAAGGACCCUAGUCGGCAACAUAGAAAUGCCCCCAUCGUACCUGCGAUUCCACGCACAUAUGAGAAACCUGUGAGACAGUCAUCGCAGAAUUUAGAAGAGCCGAAAGUGAAGCAUGUGAAAGAGGCAAGAAAAACUUCAAGGGAAGUGAUCCCACAAGAGACGGAUGGAGAACUCCAAAUCAAAAUCACUGGAGACAUAGGAGGUGACGUUGAAACAGUAGAAGCCAGAGAAGCACCUCUAAGUCGUCCGCAAAGAGGCUUGAUUCCGGAUGAUGGUGAUGCUCAAAUUUCAAAAGCUCCUGUGGCCAAAUCGGAUCAAAAGAGUUGUGAGGACCAUGGACCAAACGCCGGCCGCACAUUCUCCAGAGCCACGCGUGCAAAGCCUGUACCAUUAUCUAAUAUAUCUCCGAAUCUGAAACCGGAUGCUCGAGAAGAGUCUGCAGUAGACAACGAUUGCGUCAACGUACCUGAAGGGCCACUGAUCAAUCCACCCCAGCCUCACUCAAGACCCCAAGGCUCACCGAUUUCAUCCCACAGACAUCCAUCGCAUGAUAGCCCAGUGUUGCAAAACGAACAGUAUAGUCCAUCCGAUAUCAGAGAUGCAACUAACCACCCUCUGACAUUUGCACCAAUUGAGCCGACCCGACCUGUAAGGUCUCCGUCGUUCGACUCACAGCAGGUGCACAUCCAAACCUCUGAUUUUCCGCCUCCAUUUGCAUAUAGUCUUCCGUACACCUUUGACUCGCCUGUCUCACAGACUGGGUACGGAGGCUAUCCCAAUGGAGUUCCUGGCGUGGAUUCCGAUUUCGGCGAUCAAGUUGGUCCUCAGAUCUAUAGCUACUACCCGCCCACAAAUCUUUUGCCAUCGCUACAAGGUCAAACACCCCUAUCACCGUCAACAGCACCCCUCGCACUUUCGUCUCCCCAGGUAGCUACAUCCCAAGGGGUUCAAGACUAUUUGCAGUCAGCUCAAACACCGCUAAACGGUCAUCAAACGCCUUUUACGCAUGGUUCUUUCAAUACACAUCGGCUCGGGGUUUCUGGUUCGCUCCAUCAUCAGCCUUCAGGUGACUCUAGAACCUUGGUCCCAACCUCUGCUAUACCUUCACUGCCGCAAUACAUACUUCGAAAUUUCAACCAUGGGCAAUUUGCGGACUGCCGGCUAGUACUCACGCACUCUGAAGCUCGGUUUCCCGAGACGACAUACUUUGUACACACGCUGCUCGUUGCACAAAGUCCCAAAUUAUGGACAUUGUUGAUGGGCGGACAAUUUAACUAUGGCUUCGAUGGGCUUAAAACCUUGCGUGUCUACUUGACUGACCGAUUCAUUAUGCCAUCAAGUUUUGAGGCUGCCUUGCAAGUAUGUUAUGGCAAGUCUGCCACAUCUUUCGCAGGAUCUACUGUCACGAAGGUUCAGACGGGCAGGACGCACGCAGAGCUUUCAGCCUCGCUACUUAACGAUAGCUUAGCAUUCACAGCGGCCGGGCAACUGCUCCAAAUACGCGAGGUAGUCAUGCGAGGUUUGGAGAUUUCGAAGAGAAUCUUGAACUGGGAUAACGUUGAGCAGGCCCUCUCAUUUGCACUAGAGGGUGCAGAACAUCGUAAAGAAAGCUCAUCUACGUCGGUUGUUCCGAAUGACUGCCCAAACUUGGCCUAUGAGAGCGACUCUUCUGCGCCCAAUUCAAUACUGACGCCUGGUACAAGCCAGGGCUCUGGUGAAGGCUCUCCCGGCUCGGGCGAGUAUCAAAAGGAGCGCUGGUUCGAAAGGGUCGUGGUCCCUAAUGUUGUUCACAACGUUGACGAUCUUCUGCUGCUCUCGUUGCACUACGUUGCCAAAAAUUUCCCCGAAGCUUGGAAAUUUGACCCGACUGCAAAGCCUUUGGCACAUGUUGAUAGGCUGCCAGUCACGGAGGAGAGCAUUUCCAUCCAAGCAAAGGCAAGACUCAGCAAAAUUCAAUUCGGAGAUCUGCCUUCAGAGAGAACAAAUCAUCCUUCAGGACACAACUCAUUCAUUUCUAGUAUCUUGCUUUCUUUGCCAUUCGCUCCUCUGCAAGUACUCCUUAGUUGGGAGGACGGACAAAUCAAGCAGGCUAUCCGGGCGAUUGUUGAGGAAAGAGAGCAGAGGCGUCUAAUCGUCGUCAAGAGCGAAAGCAUCAGGACAGCCUCACUGGAGACAAUCAAUCGAAGCGAAUGGUCCGAAUUGUUCUACAAGGAACAAGUUGACGACAUUGAUGGGAGAUCUCGGUUGUCGAGGAGACAUGUUGUGGAGUGA